GGACAUUUCGGCGACACUAUUGGUAGAUUGCAAGGAGACGUAGCACAGUGCGGAAAAAAGAGAGAAAGAUGACGACACUUACUUGUCUUGUAGCAUGGUUAUUUCUGUAUCUUUUUGCAGUUUCGUCGUUAUCACUGUGCAGUAUUAACAGAGAUUUGAGAGAGGAUGCCAAGGAUGGAUUUGAAAUUGGAGAGUCGGACCAGCCUCCUGCUAAUAUUAAGAACCCUAAUGGUGAAAUAGAAAUGCAUUUAAGCACUGAUGAGGGCAUGAAGGAAGAGAAGGAUGGAGGCAUAGCAGAGAAUCAACAUCAACAAGACUCCACUAAAGAAAAGAAUUCAGGUGUUUUGUCAUCAGAAACCAUUUAUCAAGAUUUGCAGAAUGAACCAUCAAUAGAACCUAAACCAUCACCGAGAGAGCAGAAACAGGAUCAGGAUGAGCGCAGAGAAAAAGACGUCAUUCCAGAUGAUGAUGACAGCCCCACCGAUAAUGACUCUUUGCCUGUUAACAAUGAUAUGGAUGGUUCGUCUAAGGAUGGAUUGAUUAAACAGGAUAUAUCUGGGGAUAAUGGAAUCACAGAAGAUGUCAAAGAGGACAGUCAACAAAUGGAGCUUGCACAAGCAGAAGCAGAGGAAGAAGAAAUAGACAAAAGUGAAGAAAAACAUUUAGAUGGAGAUCCAAACCAGGAUCAAGAAUCGAGUGCGGAAGAUAUAUCAACAGAUGCCACAAAAGAGCUGGACCCUGGUGAGAAAUCAGUUGAUGCCAAGACAGAGGUAGUGGAUGAAAAGACAGAGAAAGAAGGAGGAUUAACCAAUGACUCUGACUUAGCUGAACAUCUGGAAGAAAUAAGGGCUGAUGAUAAGAAAGAUAUUGUAAAAGAACAGCCCAGCACAGAAGCCAUUGAAGAAACAGAUGAUAGCAAAAUACAAGGGAUUGGAGAAGACAAAGAAGAAGAUACAGUGAUUGAUCAGCAGAUAGAUAAAGCAGAGGAAAUUGCGGGGGAUAAUGUAGUGGAACAAAGAGACGAGGAGGAGAAAAAGACAAAGGAAAGGGGGAAGGAAGAGGAGACAAUAACGGAAGAAAAAGGAGGUGCAAAAGCACUGGAUAUAAAGCGAGGCUCAGAUGAGAAAGACAAAGGAACAAUGGAUGACAAAGAUGAAGAAAUAAAACAAGAUCAAGAGGAUAAGGCAGAAGAGAGGACAAAGCCUGAAACUGUUUCUGAAGCGGGGAUCAAACCGACCGAGGAAGAGACCAAAUCUAACGCGACAGAUCACGAUGUGAUUAAAACUGAUGAAAUGCCAUCCUAUGAUGAGUGGAGGGAAAAGAAAUUACAACAAGCAAAGGAAGAUUUUGAUAGAGAAUUAGGCCAAGGUGAGAGAAAUCCUGCGCCCACUCCAAAGUUCAACUUGAAUGAAAACAGUAAGAACCAUGCAUCGGCCGACUGCGGAUCAAAGAUACUCGGAACCAAUCCGGAAGCCCAGAGCCCUUCGGCUAUUCUCAACAGCAAUAGGGACAUCUAUAUGAUCAACCCUUGCUCAGCCAAAAGUAUAUGGUUUACUGUAGAGUUAUGUGAGCCUAUCCAGGUAAAGCUGAUAGAGCUUGCCAACUAUGAACUCUUUUCUUGUGUUCCUGAAAGCUUCAAAGUCUCAAUAAGUGACAGGUACCCAGUGAGAGAGUGGCACCAGCUUGGUACGUUCGUAGCUCGUGAUGAACGAUCUCUUCAGAACUUCCCACUCAACGAAGAAACCAUGUUUGCCAAGUACAUGAGGAUUGAGAUGCUUACUUUCUUUGGCUCGGAGCACUUCUGUCCUCUCAGUGUACUCAGAGUAUUUGGUACAAGCAUGGUGGAGGAAAUUGACGAUGCAGAAGGAGUCGACUCGGCAUCUUCAACAGAACAAGAUGUGCUUCCCGUACAUCCGACACCGUUACCUGAAGAUCUCAAGGGUAAUGGUAUUCUGGACCACGCCAAGGAUGCGGUCUUCAAGCUGGUAGAGAAAGCUGCUAAAGUUCUAACAGGCUCUAAGUCAGACGGGGAGGCGGACACUGAUAAGAGUGCUGAUGAUAUUGGGGAAGAGAUGCUAAUGGAUAGAAACUUUUCUGAUGGCAAAGUGAAAGAAGAUGGCACUCACGGCUCUGACAAGGAGAAUGAAACUCAUAAUGACAGGUGUAACGGACAAGAAGUUUGUUUUCAAGAGAACUAUGCCACAGCAUCACAGCAUUGCUGCUUCAGUCUCCUCGCCCAGGCUGCUGGAUCAAUUCUUUUAUGUUGCAAGGCACUGAAACGAGGACCUAAACCUAUCAAACCAGGAGGAGAGACUGUUGAGGAGACUAGCAAUCUUCUUCUGCCUAGUCAGUUACCGAUGGAAGUGAUUCAGACCAAGAUUGAAGAUACGAGAGACAAGAUAGAGGCCAGUAUUCAGACGUCGAUAGUCUUAGAACCAACCCCACCUGACAUUUACCAUGGAGAAGACAAGAAAAUAGAAUCCAGCUCUCCCCCUUUGAUUGUCUUCCCUUCAACGGAUGUUGCACAGCCUGUCAAAAGUUCACGUUCGGAGAUAUUAGCCACGAAGACCAAGACUAAACAGGUACUCCAUACAUCAUUAGACCAAACACACAAUAUGAUGGAUGUUGGAGGUGAGAUUAAUAGGUUGCCGAGUGAAGAUAAGGAGAAUAAAUCUGAGAUAAGUGUUGAACCGAAACCAGUCCCUCUCCUUGGUGAUUCUGUCACAGAGGAAAAAACAAAAGCGAAAAACAAGAGCAUGGAUGUCGACGUUGCAAGUGCUUCUGAGUCAAAUAAAUCAACUAAUAUCAGUCAUGAUGUUCCACCCAUUGAAACCAUCACAAGACCUGAAUCGGAAGAAAAGGAACAGCCUCCAGUACAAACUUCUGACAAAGACGCCAUCAAGGUGAAUGCUGCAGUAGGAAGUACAAAAUCAUCCAGCCAGCGAAUAGAGUCAGAAAUCAAUAGCAAUGUCUCAGAAGAACUUGAGGAUAAAAGUUCCCCACCUGUAGCUGAUACCAUCAAAGAAGAGAAUGGUGCUAAUACGACAAAUAAACUUCAAAAAUCGAAACAGGAAGUGAAUGAAUCAACAAAGGUAACCCAACCCAGCGCGCUUGGCGAGAAACCGUCUUUGGCUAAUAACAGUAAGUCUACAGCACCGGCGGCAGAUGUGGGAAAUGGGUCGUUCUCUCCAAGUGCUUCAAGUUUAGGUUCCCUUCCCCAUGGUGUUCAGAAGGAGUCCGUACUGAUGAGGCUGAAUAACCGUAUCAAGACACUUGAGAUCAAUAUGUCACUGAGUGGAUUGUAUCUCGAGGAACUCAGUCAGAGGUAUCGCAAGCAGAUGGAUGAAAUGCAGAAGGCUUUUAAUACGAAGAUCAAAAAUGUACAAGAUAAUGCCCAGAAAGCUCAGGAGCUUAGACAACAGCAAGUAGAAUACAUUCAGCAGCUUGAGAAGAAAUUGGAGAAGGUGACAACAGACCUCGAGAAUGUGACUCACAGAAUGGAUGGAAUCCUGAGAGAGGUUGUUGAGCGUCAUCUCUUUUUGAUGCUGUGUGAGGUAGUUGUCAUGGUGAUCGUCUUCAGCUACUGUCUACGAAGUUCUUCCUCACAAUCGUCUCACAGCAUCAACACAUCUGUUGGCAUGGCAACCAAGUCAAGUGGUAAGAAGCCUGUCAAGGAGACUGGGAGAAGGAACUCAGAUGGUCUGCUCCAUGUGCCUAUGAGGGACAAGAUCUCCUUGAGUCCUGGACUGGGACCAGGACUUGGCUUCAUGAAAGAUGUUGGAAAAACUGGCAGCCUGGAUGAUUUGUUGAUCAUAGGACCCACCACCCCUCUCAGGGAGGCUCUUAGACAGGCAUCUGAGCCAUCCAAACAGAGAAACCGUCACAAGAACAAAGGGCGGAAUAAAAACAGCCAGAGACCAGCUUCAGCAGCCUCUGCAACCUCCACGGAGAGUGUUCCUCAGGAUCUUGUCUCCUCGUCUUCAAACUCCUCUAUAGCCUCCAGCUUUUCAUUGUCCUCGACAUCAAGCACCAAGGGACUAUCAUCAACGGCAACCUCUAAGCAAUCAUCCUCAGGACCGUCCUCGACAUUCGGCAACAAGGGAUUGCCGUCGGCAGCAAACUCUAGGCAUUCCACUGCGGGACUUCUAUUUCGGGGUUCUGCUCCGGUGAAAAAGGGAUCACAGGGGGGGAUGGGUGGACACCAACAGCCACAGAGGGGUGUGCCCGAAAACGUUGGACAGAUGAAUGGAGAGUAUCAGGGUCAUGCAGGUGGAGGAGGAGGGGGUAAGAAAAACAACCAGUGCAUUAAUGGCUAUAGCAAAAGGUGAUGAUUGAAAGAAUUUACCAAAAAAAUGUCCAUGCCUGUCCUUAAACGGCUGUUAUUCCUGGACGUUUCAGCCACCGUAUGCCGACAUACUGUAUGUGCGGUCAGCCUUUUUCUCCUUGAAACCCAUUUUUUUAAUGUCAAGAAUCGCAUUUUAUUGACAACAUAAAAUGUCAAGUAGUCAAGUGAUUUCUUAGAAGAAUCACUUGUUUUAACAAAAGGCAAUUCUCUAUAUCAAGAAAUGGCUUGCCGCAACCUGUGUAUGUCGGCACACACUGGCUAAAACAUUCGGGUGUGAUGACCCUUUACCUGAGUUUUAGCGAGAGCAGUAAGCUAAGACCUUGCUAGUUCAAUUUAUUAGACAAGCUUUCAACAAAUGCCUGCUUUCCAUGGGUGUUACUUUGUGAUUGGAUCGAAAUAUAAAGCUGAAACAUCGACAGUAAAUGGAAAACUAUUACAUUUUUGUCUUAUUAAUUUAAUAAAUUUUUAAGGUACUGGGAAGCUAUGUUCUUAUUUGUACUUGUUCCGUUCCUGUAAACUAACAGCUGAAAAGAUAACUAAACGUUCGGUGUGGAAAUAUAAAGCAAAAGUACUGUUAGGAUCUCCAGAUAUUAGAUUCUUUGAGCAACAUUACUCUGGACAAAAAUUAAAUGUUAAUGAGGUAAUAAUUCAGAUGAAAGAGCUUGAUAAAGUGUUUUAUUUUGUACUAAAGUACUUGUGGUAUCAAAAAUAUUUCUUAAGAUUUUAGAAUUUAGGUAAAUGGGUCAUGUUGCAUCUGUCAAAUUUUAACAAUGCUCAACAUCACCUAAUGGCCAAACCAGAGUAUGUUUCAGGUCAUUUCAAGCAUGUGUACCAAGGUCAUAAACAUAGAAUCACCUUUUGUCUGUAUCAUGGCAUUAUAAUUAUUUUGCCGAGCAAUUUCUACCUUGUUCAGCUCUCUUUGACCCUUCAUUAUGGAAUAAGCGUCAUGAAUGAGCACGUAUCAUAUGAGCACAAAAUACAUAUAUGUAUAUCUAGUGGAGCCAGUAGAGUGUAUAGCCAGUCCUAGUGGAGUGUUUUGUAAUUACAAGGAAAAGGUGGUUUACUCAAUUGACUGGAUUGGAUACAUACCUAUUGCAGAAUGGACAGUAACACUCAAUUUUCUUUCAUAAUUGUAUAGCGUAUACAUUGUAGAUGCAAUUUUAUGUUUCAUUUGACCCUUAACUGUGUAUGGUGAUGUCAUCAUAAUGGCGUCUAAACUGAAAAUUACCAUUGUGAAUUACAUGAUGCCUUUGAAUUAAUGAAAUUUGCCUGUAACUCGGUGCAUAUUAAAAUGUAGCAUUUUCUGCAGAGUAUUUUUUCUUUAUACUAGGAUGAUAAUUUCCUUUAACUUUAUUUUUUUGCUCUAUUUAUCCAAAAGCAUCAAAAUUAUUAUUUAUACUUCAACUGCAAUACAAAGGUAGAAAAAUAUAUAUUUUGCAGACAGAAUUGAUCAUUCAUUAGUACAAACUUCACAAAGAAUAUAUGGAUCUCUUCAUAUCCUAUGUUUAUUAGUAAUUUGCUAUACAAUAUGUACUAAGCACAUAAUGUUAUGUAUAUCUGCUUACAUGGAUGAUAGCAGUCUUUUUAUCUUUACCUUAUUAUAUUUCUCAAAACAGUAUUCAUAUAAUAUUAUGCCUGUGCUUCAAUGGUCCAUGAAAACAAUCAGUCAUAUAUUUUUCUAUUUAUUUAUGUUUUUUGUAUUUAUGUAUGAGGUUUUGCUUUUUACAUGCAUACAUCAUGGAAUUGUCAUCUAUGGGUUUUCUCGUACAUGUAAUUUGUUUUCCAUGAUGAUAUUUGGUAUUGAUAUUGGUGGUGAAUUUUUUUACCCGACUGCUAAGAAAGCAUGAAUGCUUGUAAGCAAGCAACCAGAGGACCGACGGCUUAAGGUCCUCUCCGAAGGACCUGGUACUGAGGAUUAAUGCCUUACCAAAGGGCACUAGCGCACCAAGUGGGAAUCAAACCCAGGUCACCGGAAUACGAAUCCCCGCUCUACCGACUGAUGGGGGAUGUAUUAUCAAUGUUAUUUUGCAUUCACAAAGGGGUUUGAAAACUUGUGCUCAUGAAAAUUUGAACUAGCACAAAUUUGUUUAUUGGCAAUUUAUGAACAGUGAAAAUAUUAUACACAUAGUACAUGCCAUUGAGGGCAUUAUUAAGAAUUGUAUGCACUUUGUACCUUUGGAAUAGUUUUAACUAUGCCUGAGGCAUAGCCAAGGGCGUUUGGACUGUUUCAAAGGUAACAAGGGUGGGUGAUUACUGUUGUGGCUGAGCUGAAUGGUGUGUCUUCUGUUUUAUAAGAUGGUGAGCUGGAUCCUUGUUAUUUUGUUAAAAUUAAAAACCCUUCUCAUUCUCUGGGUUCGAAUCCUAGCCGUGGUGUGUUUUCCUUCAGCAAGAAAUUUAUCCUCACUGUGCUGCACUCAACCCAGGUGAGGUAAAUUGGUACCGGCAGGAAAUAAUUCCUCAAAUUAUUCCUUAUUUCAAAACAUUGACCGGUAAAAAGAACUAGUCAUUAGCACCAGUCAUCAAGACAUUUUCCUAUUAGCCAACAUCAAUUACAGGUCAUGUGAUAGAUCUCAGCCAAUCAUUUGAUUAGGAUCCAUAUCACUAUUUUAUACAGGAAAAAAGGAUGUCUUAUUGUAGAUGGUAGUUGAUGCAGUUUUACCAUUUAGUUAAAGGUCAAGUCCACCCCAGAAAAAUGUUGAUUUGAAUCAAUAGAGAAAAAUCAAACUAGCAGAAUGCUGAAAAUUUCAUCAAAAUUGGAUGUAAAAUAAGAAAGUUAUGACAUUUUAAAGUUUUGCUUAUUUUUCACAAAACAGUGAUAUGCACAACUCAAAUGAGACAGUCGAUGAUGUCCCUCACUCACUAUUUCUUUUGUUUUUUAUCGUUUGAAUUAUACAAUAUUUCAUUUUUUAUAGAUUUGACAAUAAGGGCCAACUUGACUGAAUCAUAUAGUAUAAGCAAUGCUCAUUCCACAUGUUCAGGGAGGAAUUAAUUAUUGUUUUACUUGACAAUGAGGAGAAAAACAGAAUAUUCCCUAUUUCAUAUAAUAAAAUACAUAAGAAAUAGUAAGUGGAUGAUGUCACCAGUCUCCUCAUUUGCAUACCCAACAGGAUGUGCAUAUACUGUUUUGUGAAAUUAAGCAAAACUUUAAAAUGUCAUAGCUUUCUUAUUUUACAUCCGAUUUUGAUGAAAUUUUCAGUGUUCUGCUGGUUGGAUUUUUCUCUUUUUAUUCAAAUCAACUUUUUGUUUGGGUGGACUUGUCCUUUAAAUACUGUAUUCAGAUUUUCUUUAUCUGAUUUGAAAAAUGAAUUUCCAUUUCAUGUACCACUUUGAAUUUGCCACUCUGUACUCAGGUGAAGUAAAUUUGUAUCCACUGAUAUGCCCUGAAGAUAAUAAUACUAAUUCUUAUUUAUCCAAGGAAGCCACUUCAAUGUUCAAAUAGUCUAAUGUGUCAAGGUUGGAUGAAGUCUCGAAUUCUAGUAAUUUUAACCCUCACGUUGCACUCACACCAAUGAAAACUAAUUCCAACUAUCGAUUAUAACCAAAAGUUCCUGGAUGUAGCUCACAACGCUUACUUGUGUGACCUAAUAACUUCUGAGACCUUGAAGAUACCAACGAUAUACAGCAAGAGGGGUAACACAAGUAGCAAGCUUUACGAUGAUUCCUCCUCGAAAUGUAAGAAGGAAUUGAGCCCACGGUGUAAAGGCGGACCGAACUAGACUAGCGCUAGCUAUGGUACGAGCAGACCGGAAGUUGUCGGGUCACGCAUCUCUGAACAAGAAGUAGAAUGUCUAGUUAAGUCCACAAAGGGAAUGGUAAAUUCAUGCCAUGCGCUUCAUCCUGGAACUUUUGGUUAUUGUCAAAAACAAGAAAUUUCAAUGACCUACCAAUUACCAUCCGUUGGUUUGGAAUUGGAUUACCUUGGUGCGACAGUGGCAUCACCAUUCUGUGCCAAAAUUUUGCCAAAUUUUUUUGCUACAAUCAAAACUGUUUCCUGAUUCUCAGUAUAUUCACAUAGUGAGAGGAUGGCUAAGUUGAAAAAUAUUCAAGCCUUUAUGGUCAUGAUUAUACAUGUUAUAUCUUUUAAUAGUUCAUGAUGGUUUGGGCCUGGACCCUACUGGGAUAGGAUUUUUACAAACAGGGUAGUGUUUAUUGAUAUAUGUUGAUGUUAUUUAGUAAGGUUUUGUUUUUAUUAUUGUAUGCUAUUUAUACCGUCCUUCAUAAAACAUGGCAGAACAACUCCCCACAAUAGUGCUUGUGCCAAGUGUCUACUUCUGUUAGAGUUCAUACAAUGCUACUCUCAGCAGAGUUUUGUGCAUAAUGGAAGUGUCAAUGUGGGUUCUAAUCCCAAUUCCUUCAACAAGAAUUUUACCAUAUUGUGCUGCACCCAACCCAGGUGAGGUAAACAGGUACUUGCAAAGAAUUGCGUUCCUUGAAAAGCAGCGCAUGUAACAGCUGCUUUGCCAAAGCCAGGGUAAUUACGCUGUAUUUAUUGUAGAGCACUUCGGAUAAAGUAAGCAUUAGGCAUUUUAUUGCAAAUUAUGACAAUAUAUAGAAAUGGUUGUAUUUGAAGCACAAUUUAUAUAGUUAUCAAUAUUUAUUCUUUUAAACUUAUCCAUGCCAAUGAUAAAAAAAAAAGAAUCGUAAUAAUCCUGAAUUUCAAAUUUCAUAUUUGUCAUUUCACCUUGCUUAGUUAAUAUAUGUAUAUUGUGUACUUCAUAUCCAUUACAGUAUGUGUUUGAUAUUAUUAAUUGUAAGUGAUUUACCUGGACCUGUUUUUAAAAAACUCUAGGUUUCCAGUUGAUGUGUCAGUGUGUUUAAAUUUCACUCAUGAUUGUUAUACUGUAUGAAGAGUAUUAUGAACUAAUAAAACGCUUUCAAUUAUAUCUUUGAUAUCUUAUAGAAAAAUAUUAA